UAAAAGGCACCCGAAUGGACGGCAUCGAAAACAGUCGACUUCGGUUUUGCGCCAGUCAGAGUAGGUGGAAGAGGAAUUUCCUGGAUCCAUAGUUCCUAUAUUAGUCGUGCUUUGUAGGUGCGUAGGAUCCUUUGUGUCUAGUUUAGCUGUGAAUCCCGAGAAUAUCUUCCGGUGAAGAACUUUGUUCAAGGAUAACCAGUGAAAGUUGAAAGCAAAUUUCUCAGACAAGAAAGCACUAGACGAGUGCUUGGAAUACGGUGCAUCGUACCGGAUUGACAAGUUCAUGGUCUGCGGCGUCAAGUAAAAGUGCUGUGAAAGUUGACUUGAUCGAUAGGAAGGACGAGUUGGUGAUCUAACUACAAUGAAAGCAGUCGGCGCACUUCUACUAAUCGGAGUUGUUCUGAGGAUAGAAUCAAUUCAUGGAGCUUUACCCUCGACCAUCCAAGUGUGUAGGCGGAGUAACCCCGACAUCAACAAAUGCAUCACGGACUCUGUAAAUUCCCUGCGGCCACGAUUGGCAACUGGGAAGAUUUCCGAUGACUUUUCAAUCCCCCCGUUGGAACCCCUGGCCCUGGCCUCUGUCAACAUGGACCGAGGAUCGGAAUUCAAGGCGACGUUCAGCGAUCUGCUGGUCAGCGGACCCAGCCAGUUCCAAAUCGACAAUCUCAAAGUAAAUCUCGACAAAUUGACAUUUGAUUUCAAUAUCUACCUACCGAAGCUUUCCUUCCGUGGAAAGUACGAUCUUAAGAUCAAACUGUUACUACUGAACAUUGCCGGCACCGGUGACCUGAAGGGCGUCCUUGAGAACUCUCGGGCACGUGUCAAGCUGUUUGGCGAGCGUUACGAAAAGGACGGCAAGCCGUUCAUGCGCGCCAAGCGACUCGCCGUCAAGAUUCAAAUCGAGAAGGGUCAGUUCGACAUGAAGGACCUGUUCAACGGCGAUGCGGUGCUGAGCCAAGUGGGCAAUCAAUUUAUCAACGACAACUCGCGACUCUUCCUGGACGAGCUGACGCCCGGAUUGGAGCGAAGUCUUUCCGAGACCUUCAAGAACACGGCGAACGAAAUCCUCCAGUUGGCCUCCAUGGAUGACAUCUUCCCAGCGUAGUACAUCCCUAUGCAGAUUCAAAUCUUCAGUUCCCAUUAGCGGAAUUAAUCACCAAAAAUCGUCAUCAUUUCAGUCAUCUACAUAAUAAUUUAAAUUUAUGAUUCUGGUUAAGGCAGAUACGCUUCUUCUGAUCGUUCACCUCCUUCCAUAUCGAAUUUCCUUCAAACGGUAUUUCUUAACUGGAAUAAUGUUGUCUGUGAUUAGUUACGAGUUAUAUAUGUGUGUAUUUUUAUAUCGAGUCCUAAUUAAAAGAAGAUAAAACUAGUUUGUAAGAGAGAACAAAUUCGAAACAACAGAGUUUUUAACGCGCAGAUAAGCAACCGGAAUUCGGGAAGAUGAUAUGAUCUUUUCUCGAGUUAGGUUGAGCAUAUCAAAUAGAAUAAGAACCAAAACAACUUA